AUGCGAAGAGAAGAGGCUGCACAGAUGCUGGGAUGCGAGCUGAAAAGCACGCCCGAGGAAAUAAGAAAAAGAUACAGAGUGCUCUCAAUGAAAAUGCACCCAGACAGACCGGGCGGCUCAGAAGAGAAGUUUGUGCAACUAAACCAGGCAUACGAAGUGCUGACACAGACAGAAGAAAGAGACAUGAUAACAAAAAACAUGUUUGAUAGAUUCAGGGCUAUGUACGCAGGCUCUGAGGAAGAAAAGACAGAGCUGAUUGAUCUCUACAAAAAGCACAAAGGACAGAUGGCAAAGAUCAUAGACAGCCUUCUUCUAGGAGAAGACGAGCAAGAAGAAAGAUACAGGAAGAUCCUGGACGCAGAGAUAGAAGAGAAGAAAAUACCCGAGUUUCCAAAGUACAAAGCCAAGCUCCUCAUUCUGAACAAGAAGAGACAGGCCAAGAGACAGAGAGAAAGAGAGGCAGCCGAAGUGCUCGCAAAAGACAUGGAAGAAAGAGCAAGCGCCAGAAAGGAGAGAUACAACAGAAUGAUAGAAAGGCUUGAGGAGACCGUGUCAAAAGCACCAGCCCGAAAAAAGAAGGGCGAUAAAUAA